CACAAACAAAGGUGUGGCGAUGGCUGAGCCCUGGAGGGGCUGGUGGGACUCCUCCGGUCCUCCCACUCCUCCCAGGACUCAUGGGCAGGGCAGGGACUGGCUCUUCUGCAUUCCCAGCUGGUAGCAGGGAGCCUGUGGAUGGCUCAGCCAGGGAAGGAGCAGCACAUGGGAUGUUCAGUGCUGGGAUCGGUCUCACACCUCCCUUUGGAAGUGCCUUGGGGAUUUGCCACUCUUGAAAGGCUGCAGAUCAUCUCCGAAGGGCUUUUGCACAGCUCCUAAGUGGAGAUUCUGUUCCAUGCAUGGCUGAGGCUUCAAAAGCUCCCAGGCAGCUCUGCAAAGCGCACUGACCCACGGCAGGACAUUUACCAGCUCUGUCAUAUCCGUGUCUCUCCUAAGACUCUGUCACGAGGCUGAGAAAUUAAUAAUAGCAGACAUGGAGACCGAGUAAGCAGAGCUGGAGCAGAGCCGAAAGAUGGAGAACAGCUUUGCCUCUGGAGAAUUGGAUCCUCUAACUGCUGUGGCCUUGGCUUGGAAGAGUCUCCAGGAAGCCAAAGCAGUGCUACAAAGGAUUGAAAACAAAUUUUAUCAUCAAACGUGGAGCUGUGCCAAAUCACAGGCAGCCAGAAGAAAGCUUUGGCACGAAAAGAGCUUUGAUGGCGAGAGGAACAAAGACAAAACAGCUUUGAGUGAGAAAAAGAGCAGUGAGAUUGCUCCAGCCCACAGAGGGGGAAGCUGUGCUGUUCUCUUCCCUGCUCGCUCACAGACCUGUUUGCCCGAGAGCCCUGCUGUGACCUCUGGCCCGUCCAGAAUGACCCCUCUGGCCCCCAGAGCAGCCUCAGGACCUUGCAGCCCUGCCAGGAAUUGGGCUGUGGAUGGCGAAGGCUCAGCUGGAACAUGGGUCCCUGCAAAGAGCCUGGACAGCCCAAGAAGGGACAAUUUCCUUCAGCAGGGAGAUUCAAGAGGAUUCCCAGUCCAGAAGGAAAAAUGUCCCUGCUCCCUGCAUCGCCCACUUCUCUCCUGUGCAGGGAGCAGCUCCUUCUCUGUCCUGUGUGGCAGCAGCACUCCCAUGCCCACGGCUCUCCUGCUUCCCACAUCCCACCUUUCGGCAGCCAGCAAGGCCAGAGAUCAGAAGCAGGAAGAGCUGUGGAGAAAAUCACCCCAAAAUAAGUUAGAGCAACUCAAGAAGAGGAUCCAGGAGCAGAAGAGAAAGCAGCAAGCAGCAGCUCAAGAGCAGGAGCGCCUGAUUUUCGCUAAAGAGCCCCUGCCAAAGAGAGCCCUGAAAAGAAAGGUGUGCAGAGUGGCCUCUGCUCCUCCUGCUCCAGCUUACAGAGAACAAAGAGAGAGAAGCUCAGCACAGAGAAUCCAAACAGAACACCAGAGGCAGCUUUCAUCCACAUCCUGUGUUCUGGAGAAAGCAGUGGCAGGGAAAGGUGUGAAUCUACCUGGUGUUUCUGCAUGGAGAGAAGGUCAGAAGUUGGCUAGAAGGCUGCUGGGUCCACCCCCUCCAUUUCCACAUUUGAGGAGCAGACCUGGAGAGCAGAGCACAGCAAAGACCUUUGAACCUUUGGAAAGAGGUCGAGGACUUGGGGCAAUGCCAGCGAUGGAAAGCAGCUCCGGAGUAAAGGGAAAUGAACCUGUGGGGAAGAGCCCUGAAUUCCAAAGCUCUGUGGCUGCUCCCAGCAAGGCUGGAAGGGGCAGCAGUGCGCCAACAGGGGAUGCAAACCAAGCACUCAGAAACCUUCUCUUGCAAAGCCAGUCCUGUGAGGAACACAGACUUAUCAGGCUCCCCAGAGAUGCUGUGAAACAGCAAUCUCUAGGGAUCCAUUCUCCUGCACCAGGACUUUGGGGCAUUCCCUCUGCCUUCAGUGGGGAAGGGAUACAACCUUCAUUAGUGAAAGAUGGAGCCAAACCCAGCACCUCAGGAAGCUGCAGCAGAGGAAAAAGUGCAUCUCCUCAGAGACAGAAAGGGUCUGAGAAAGAAAACCUUAAGCAACCUUCAAAGAGGAGGGGAAACCUUAAAAAACCUCACCCCUACAGCCCUGAGAGCGUUCGGGAAUUUAUGUACCGAAAAAAGGCAGAAAGAAAGAAGAAACUCCUCGAAGAGAAAAAGUCUUUGGUGCAGGCUGCAGAGAUGAGGAAGAAGAGGUUACAAGAAGUGUACAGGAAGCAAAAAGAAACUGUUGGGAAGAAAACGUGUCCUGAUGAGAUGCACAAAUCCAUUGGGAAAACGGGUUCUGCCAAAGGAAAUCCUCAGUGUGAACUUGAGCCUGAGCAAACCAGUGGGGGAAUCCUGGAAACGAGUUUCAUGGCCUGGAUGGAUGAAACAUCCUCUCCUCUAUCACCUAAAGAUCACAGAGGCAGGAAUCAACUCCUAGAAACAGCUCAAUCACCUAAAAAAGGGGAGGCAUCAGGUCCUGCAGCAUCACUGGAAUCCCAGUGCUGGUUUCUCAGUCCUCUGAAAUGUGAAGACUUGAGGGACUGCUCUCCUCCAGCUCUGCAUUCACCUCCUCUGAGCUUUUCUGCUCCUCAGAAAGAUGCAAAACCUUCCUCCAAGGACUCAUCUUUUGGACUUUCUCCACACAGAAGCAAGCAGGAUCAAGUGAGAACCAUUCAUAGUCUGUCCAAGGAACUUGCAGAAAAGAUUGACAUGGCAAGGGAGAGGCUGAGUGCAGCAAGCUGGGUUAAAGGCUCUGCUGACAAACAAUCAACAGACACAACUCUGGACCUCUACAGUGAGCCUCCUUCUGCCCGAGAACCUGAGACUUCCAGGGAUGAGCAAGACAGGACAAUGACUGUACAAAUGCUUCUGGACACCACAGAUCCUGAUGUGCUACAUGAGGCAUCCCAUAGGGAAUGUCAUGGACUGGGCAGGAUUGGCCUGGUGGGCAGCACUGAGGGAGCAACAGCCGUGGACAGACAGAAGGAAAUGCCAACUCCUUUGCCUGGUGGGAAUGCUGAGAGGGAAGAAUUGCCCUGGAUCACUCAUAGUGCAGGACAGAGGCACCUCAGCUCUGCAGGAGACCUGAGGAACACAUUGCAAGGUUUCCCUGUGCAUAAGGGCUCCAAGGUGGACGUAAGUCUGUGGCAUGAAAAGCCAAUAACCAGCCCAGCCUCUCCAGCUCACAGAUUCCCCGCUAGAAGCCCGCAGGGAGAACUCACAGCACAGAGGGAUCACUAUGGAUGUGAGACUACUUUGAAAGUUCAGAACCAAGAGGAAAUGGCCAACCAGCCUCGUGGAGAGAACCUGAGGAUCUGGGACAGCCUGAGCUUCCAGCCCUCUGCCACUCUGAGCACUGACAGCUUUGAGCAGGACUUGGGUGAGGGAGACCUUGGCCACCCAGAGCUGGAAGAAAAACACAGGAGCCAUCUGGACAUUUUGAGGCAAACCUCCCUACUACUGGCUCACAAACUGAAGCUUCAUCAGCUCCAGCAGAAACAGCAGCUUAUGGUGCUGAAGGAGAAAGCAAAGCAAGAGGUUCAGGAAAGCCACAGGUUUUUGAGGGACCUGCUGCAGCACAAUUCAGAGGAGAUCAGGAAUUCCAGAGGCAGUGAUCCUUCUGUGACAAGAGUGUACCACGCAGAGCAGACACAGAGAGGACACUGGUUGGAAGGUGACCUUGCUGCUGCCAGUAAUCAAGAGAUGGGUUCACUGAGACACUCUGCAUUGAAGAUAGAAAGAGAGCACAGUCCAGUGGAUCCUAAAAUAGUGGGAGAAAGAAAACCUCGAGGAGGAGGUUCAUAUUGCUCAGUGCUUCAAGGAGAUCACAGGCAGUCACUGCACAGCCACCACGCCUUGAGUCUGUUGUCACCUCAGGUGAAUCUCUCCCACGGGGAGACCUGGGACUCUGGAGAGAGCAGUGGCCAGGCCAGCUCCAACAGCCAGUGGAGCGCAGCUGUUCCACACUUCGGAGGCUCCAGCACCUUCCAUGGUUCCAGCCUGGCUGUGGUGGAGCAGUGCCUGAGGGGAGAGGAGCUGCGGGCUCGGCACCAGGCAGUGCUCCUGCGGCUCCGGAGAAAGGCUCUGCGGGACAGGGCCAGGGCCGAGCUGGCCUGGCUGGGCCACCGGAGACGUGUUCUGGAAAACCUGCAGGAUAGUACUGGAGCCUCUGCUGUGGCAGCAAAGCAGCACAAAAUCCUGACGGAGCUGAAACGGGAGCAGGCAGAAAUCCAGAACCUGCAAAACAUCCACAAGGCAGCCCAUCGAGAAAGGAAGCUUUUGUUAAAGCAGCAGAGAGAAAUCUUAAUGAUGCAGCAUUCAACAGCACAACUCCAGGAAAAGCUGCACACUUUGGCUGGGAAGCAAGAGGCUACAAAGUCACAGUCAGGGAGUAAAGAGAGUUGGGUCCAGCUAAAGAAUAAGCAGAGCAAGAAAUAUGAGGGCUUUUCUACUGAGAGCAAGGAGUUACUGGUAGAACACCAGAAACAACUGGAGGAGUCCCCAGGUUUGGAGCAGUCCCUUAGGGCUCAGGAUAACAUUUUCUUACCUCUGGAACCUACAAAUUCAGCUGGAAUGGAACCUAUAGCCACACUCAUUACAGUAGAAGACAAAAAGGGUGCAUUUCUGGAACCUGUGCUGGAGGAAAAGGCACUUCUUUCAAACCCAAACACUGAUCCUAAAGAUAAUGAAGAUAUUAAUCCAUAUGGCAGCAAGUACCCAGUGAAAGGCCUGGGGAUCCUUCCUACUUGGUGUAACUUAUGCCUGGUUCAGGCAGAAAAUACUCUUGAAGGAAUAGUUAAAGAAGUGGAAGUGCUUGUCUCUUCUGAGAUCCAUCAGGUGGAUGCCAGUCAAUGUUUGAAGCAUUUGGACCGUAUUUCUCAUGAAGCUUCUGAUGAAGAACUAAAUUUAAAAGCAUUUUCUGAAAGAUUAACUUCCACUGAAUCAUCAUCCAAGUCAAACAACUUCUUUUUGAAAUGUGAAAGUGCCAAAUCAGGCUCUUCACCCCCAGCAUUUCAGAAAGUGUCUGCAGUCGACAUCUCAAACAGUUUCACUUCAGACCUGGUAUUAGAGCUGAAACAUGGAGAGGACACAGAUGUCAGUGUCCCAGAAGAGUUUGUCUGUGACAGUAGGGAUAUGUUUGCUAAUCUCUCAGAAGAUAUGCCAAUAGCAAUAAGCAAUGGAAAGGAGACAUCACCGAGUGACAAACACAAUGAGCAUGGGCUGCCUGAAGAUGACAGAACUGAGACUUCAUCCCUCUCUCAGAAAUACCCUGGAGAUGCAUUGGAUUGUGGCUGCACUGAUCACUUGCUUUCCUUCAUUCCAGCAGAUGAAGCAAAUGCCUCCAGAACUGAGUCAGCACAUUCCUCCCAGUCUGAAAACCCUUCUGCGGGAACGGCUGAGCCACAUCGGGGUGUCUCACAAAGCUGCAGCAGAAACAAACCCUGUUCUCAGGAGAUCCCAAAACUGAGGAAUGAUGCAGCUGCCAGCCCUUCAUGCACUGAUGCAACCUCCACUAGUGAUAAGGGUCUCCCUCCAACUGAUGAGGAUAUCUUGUCGGAAAUACUUUGUCCUCUGGAUGAAGUAUUGUCCUCUGGAAGUGCUGACUUGCCAUCCUCUAACAAAAAGGAUUUGUCAUUUCCAAGUGAAGAUCUUCCUCCUCCCCCUUUAGGUGCAGAUGCAAUGAAAAAUGGUGAUCCUGUCUCUGGCACGGAUGAUUUCCCAUCUCCACCGGAACAAAUGACAGGCUCAGAGUCUAGUCAGGGCCUGGAUGAAGAUUUAUCACUGAAAAUGGAUGCAUUACCCCCAUUACCUGAUAACAUUGUGCCUGAAGAAUUUCCCCUGCUCAGUAUAGACACAAGUGGUUCUUUUUCAACUCAGGAUGGUUGUCUCUCAGAACAAUCUACAUUUCCAGCCCUUUCCAGCUGUCUAUCAGAACAUCAGCAUGGAAAACAGGAGAUGCCUUUGCAGCAUUUGGAGUUUCUGCCUGUGUCAAAUACAGAUUCUUCUGGUGGCAGUAAAAGUCCUGAAUUCCCAAUGAAACAAUGCAAAACGUAUGUAAAGCUGCCCAGUGCUGAGGAGGACAGUGAUGACCCAUUAUCAUCAUUUGAAAUUGGGGACAGAGUGUUGGUAAAGCAGAGCCAGCCUGGAACUCUGAUGUUCAAAGGCCAGACUCAUUUUGGCAGUGGCCAUUGGGCUGGUGUUGCACUGGACAAAGCUGAAGGUGACAGUGCUGGAACUUAUGAAGGGGUGAAGUAUUUUGAGUGUGCUCAGCACUGUGGGGUCUUUGUCAGAUCUGAUGAGAUUUCACACCUGUUGGGGGCUAACAAAAAUAGUUCCAGUUAUAUGGGGGAUGAAGAAGACUCCGACUCCUUCUAUGAUGAUGAUAACUCCCUCAAAGGAGACUGCAAAUGUUCUGAAGAUGUUGAGCAGAGAAUGGAGUUUGCAGAGGAGAAAGCAGAAGACACAAACAGUGCAGGAGGUUCGGAAGUGAAAGAAAACCAAUCUAGGUUACACAGUGCCUUGCUGUCUGGAAAAAGGCAAAAGUUUCCCCAUUCCAACCAGUGUAACUGUAAUGAAUUCCUCUGUCAAAAUAACUUAAUGUGCUUGGGAUCAGAUAACGAAAAAACAGAACUGGCACAAAUAAAACAAAGGAUAUUUGCAGAUGCUCUUCCAAAGAAAAGCAAGACAGAUGAGGUAAACACAAGCAAAAAAAUUUGUUGCUUGGUAGAGGAUCAGAAAAGAAUUAAACUUGCUGAUGAUAUUGCAAGUGAACUCAGUAAAAAACUUCUGUUUGACAUUUUAAUUGCAUUUUCUGAAACAGCUCAACACAAAUAUAAAAGUGCCUUUGAAAAAGACAUGAUGAAUUGUAGCCAAGGCCUAAAGCGAGAAGACAAUCAGAAAGUGUUUCUCCUCAAAGAAAAUUUAGUUGCAGCUUUAUCUGAACCAUCGGCAAAGGUUUCUGAUGUUUCACUGGGUGAUUUUGAUACGCUUUGCAUUCAUGGUUGUCACACAGUAACAGACAGAAUUGUAACUAAAUUCAUAGACGAUGCAGUUAAAGAAUACAAGAAGAUUAAAAGAAAACACAGAUCAAAAGCAGACAAGGUACUUCAUUUAUCUCCAGAACUUUCUCCAACCACUAUGCCUCUCCUUUUAAAAAUCCUUGAUGCUGGUGUUUUUGGAAGCUCUGAAGAUUUUGAUCAGCCUAAUUCUGACCAAAAUGUGCUGGUGAGACAAACACAAAAGCAAUACUUGUACAAAUUAGACCAGUGGCACUCAGCUCCUUGGAAGAAAACUGUGGAAGUUCCUCUUGUGAUACCACAUAACAGUUCUUAUUUUAAGAAUUUGUCUGCAUAUGCUGUGGAAGAAUUAUGGACCCCAGAGAACAUAAAUUCAAAUUUCAGGAACAUCAAUGUGCCAAAGUACUUUGAAUAUAAUGAUCUCCCAGGGAAUGAUUUGGAAGUGGAAAGCAAGAGGAUGUAUAAUCAGGUUAUAUUUGAUUUGAGCCGUGAGUUGCUGCGUGCAGAAGUUCAAGUGACUGCAAAGACAAAUAUGUUCCCAUGGAUGAAAAAAAAUGUGGGAUCCCACUGUUCCAGAAGGCAUCUCUGCAAAAGGACAGAUGUUAGUGAUGUCAAGAUGUUUGUUCAGGGUGAAAUUAAUAAAAUAAUGAACUUGGAAAAGAAUGACUUAGAAAUGAAAAGAAAAUUCCUAAAUAUGACCAAGUAUGGAAACUGUAAGAGAGACAGAGUGGACCUUAUUCUGAUUCAGGAGCUCCACAAGGAAGAAUCUCAGUGGACUUCCUAUGGUGAUGAUGAAUUCACAGUGAAGAUGAGGAUGACUGAAGCCAUAUUUGAUAGCUUGAUCCUUGACACAAUCAGAGUUCUUAAUAAGAUUUAUCUGAAAAAAGCCUGUUUUAAAGGUGACUGUGCACCAUCUUUUUCCUUUUAAUAUACUGUGGAACUGGUUAAAAGGAGCCUGGAGAUGGCUUCAGAGAAGGUGGCACAUGGAAUGGCAGGACCUAGAGCCAGGCAUUCAGGUUAAGUACCUACAACUUUAUGUAAAUGAGACAAAAUACUGAUGUAAUGCACUUUAAACUGGAGGCUUUUCUAUCAGCACCUUCAGUUCCUGCCAAUUAGAUAUGUACCUGUAAUUGGGUUAUUUAUCAUGCAGUGCACGUGAGCCUGUUGAAUUUUUACAACAUCCAAAUGUGGGGUGCUGAGAAUGUACUUUAAUAGACAAAACAGAGGAAAUCAAUACUCCUUUUGUAUUGGCAAAACUGGAAAAAUCAACAUUUUAACAAGGAAAUGGAAGCAUUUCCUCAAUAUGGUAGUUGUUCACUGUUAAUUGCUGUGGUCCCACCUAUUUUGCACUGAGAAGACCAAAUUUUUGUUAGUUCUUUUUAAAAUAAAUACCGUGCAAAUAUUCCUUAUGGGAAUUCAGAAAGUGUUCAUUAUUGAAUAAUUGAUUGAAAAGAGAUCAGAUUUUUUCCAGUCCCAUUCAUUCAGGGUGUCUUUCAAAUAAAAUUAAAAUCAGGAUAAAUAAAGAUAUAAAUUAUAUAUAAACUUAAGAUUUAAAAAUACAAUACUUAAAAACUGAUUGGUGGAAUAGAAAGACAUUUUAUGUUUGUAUUUUUAAGUACUGCUGGCUUAGUUGGUUUUGUACGUGUUUUCUGAAUAAACAAAAUAAGCCAUCUGUA